AUGCAUUACUACUUAGCAGCGAUUGCAUUUGUUAUCUACGUUUUGUACAAGUGUUAUAUUUAUCCUGUCUAUUUGUCCCCAUUACGUAAAAUUCCUGGUCCACCUGCUGAAAAUUUUAUUCUUGGGCACUAUACCUCUUCUUUAAAUAAAGAUCUAGCUAAAGGUCUUGCCCACUUAGUAAAACAAUAUGGUGUGAUGGUUAGAUAUCAUGGCUUAUUUAAUGAACCUUAUAUCGUAAUUGCCGAUCAAAGACUUGUCCAGCAAAUAAUGUUAGGUCAUUCAUAUGAAUAUCCGAGGGCCGUCUUUAACAAAGAUAUGUUGAAAGAAGUUAUAGGUGAAGGUAUUAUAUUUGCUGAAGGAGGUGCUCAUAAACGACAAAGAAAAAUGAUGUCUCCUUCAUUUGGGUUUUCCCAUGUCAAGGAAAUGGCUCCAACAUUCGUUCAAGCUGGCCAUAAAUUAAAAGAUCUUUGGAUGAAACAAAUUGAUAAUAAAAAAGUGGAACGAAUCACGAUUACAGAUUUAAUUCCAAAGAUAGCUUUAGAUGUUAUCGGUCGUGUUGGGUUUAAUCACGAAUUUAAUUGUACUGGCUCGCAAUCUGAAUUAGCUCAAGCAUACAAUACAAUAACUAGUCAAAAUGAUUCUGUUUUAUACUUGACCCUUAACAACAUAAUUCCAAUCAGAAAAUCUCCAACUUCUUAUAAUAACGAACGUUAUGAUUCUAUUAAAAUUAUCAAUAAUACUUCUGAGAGACUAGUUGCUGAACAAAAAAAUAGUCCUGUUAUGACAUUACUUUUUGCUGGACACGAGACUACUAGUACUGCACUAUCUUGGAUUUUAUACUUUCUCGCUGAAAAUCCUGAUACUCAGGAUCGUCUUCGUAAAGAAGUGCUUGAUUUAUUUGCUGACCGUAAUCAUCAUCCAACUUAUGAUGAAAUUGAACAUUUGAAAUAUUCGGAAUGUGUUAUUAAAGAAACUUUAAGGAUCAUGCCACCUGCGCCGCAACUACUUCGUCGUACUUCAAAGGAUGAAGUAAUGAAUGGCUAUUUUAUUCCAAAGGGAACUCAGUUAUGGAUUUCUAUCUACUCACUCCAUCACGAUCCCUCAAUUUGGGGUGAUGAUGUUGAACAUUUUAACCCGUCUCGAUGGCUUGAUCCAGAAAAAUCAAAAAUAACAAACAGUAAUUACUUGCCUUUUGGUGCUGGUCCAAAAACUUGUUUGGGCAUGAAAAUGGCUCUUUUGGAACUUAGAUCUAUUUUAUCGGUGAUUAUUAGAAAUUUUGAAUUUAAAUUAGUUGAAGAUUUUACUUUUCAAAGUAAAUCUUUCGGUAUAGCUAAACCUAUUCCUGGAAUUGAUUUAUUGGUUUCAAAA